ACGAAAUGAAAAAUAUCCUUCUGUCUCUUGAUGACAGUAAAGCAACUGGUCCCGACAACAUUCGUGCUAAACUGCUACGAUGCUGUGCUCCCCAAAUUUGUACAUCUCUUUGCGAUGUAUUUAACCAAAGCCUGAAAAUCGGAAAAAUCCCAACUGCGUGGAAAACAUCUAACGUGAUACCAAUUCCAAAGAAAGCUCAGUUAAAAGAUGUGUCCAAUUAUCGACCGAUUUCACUACUCUCAAUCGUUUCCAAGGUUUUCGAACGCUGUGUGUACAAUAGACUAAUAGAGCAUGUUUCAAUCAACAUUCAUCAACUUCAGUUUGGUUUUCUUAGAGGGAAGUCUGCAGCAGCUCAACUUUUACAAGUGUUACAAGAGAUCGGUGAAAUGCUUGACAAGAGGGUUCAAAUAGAUCUUGUCUAUCUCGACGUCGCAAAAGCUUUUGAUAGAGUUGAUUAUCGACUGAUGCUCAAUAAGUUGAAGAAUUUUGGAAUCAGCGGAACUUUGUUGAAUUGGUUUGAAGACUACCUUUCAAAUCGCAAUCAAAGAGUAACCGUGCUUGGAAAGACCUCUCAUUCACUCCCCGUACUGUCUGGCGUACCACAGGGUUCAAUACUUGGACCUUUGUUGUUUCGUCUCUACGUGAACGACCUUCCUCAAGCAACAUCUUCAUCUUCUAUAGCAAUAUACGCUGAUGAUACUAAAUGUUAUCGUCCAGUCAGAGCUUUAUAA